AACCCGGAGCCGGGUUCGCUUCCUGUCGGUCCCGCUUGCUGGAAGAUGGCAGCGACAGGAGCCGGGUCUCCUGGCCGCUUGGUCCAGUACGUCGUCGUCCGGUCGGAUCUGGUCCACAAGCUGUCGUGGCCCCUGGGGGCCGUGAUAACUCAGGCCUGUCACGCCGCCACCGCCGCCAUCCACCUGCACUACGGGGACCCGGACACCCAGCGGUACCUCGCCGAGCUGGACUCCAUGCACAAAGUGGUGCUGGCGGUAGGCUGCAGACGAAGCUGCCCUCUCCGGCCUGUCAGAGAACCUCACGCAGGCCGGUGUGGCCCACAAGCUGUGGAUCGAACAACCGGAGAACGUCCCCACCUGCUUGGCUCUGAAGCCGUGUCAGAAGGAGACAGUCCAGCCGCUGCUGCGCAAGUUCAAACUCUUCAAAUGAAAGCCUUCUAAACCAUCUCCAUCUCUGUCAAUCCCAACACCUGCUGUGUCCAAGAUUUAAGCCGGAAAAGUUCUUUUGUUGACCACUUUAUUCAGGUGGUAGAAAAAAAACCCCUGAAAGGUAGCAUUUGUUUUGCAAUCAUGUUAAUAAAGCAAUUGAUAAGUGAUACAAUUGGUCAACAUUGCGUGAAGACAACUAAUUAAACAUAUCAAUACUCCUUAAGGUGAAUCUGUAAAGGGUUUUUCUGUCAAAUUGUUGCUUACAUUCUCGGCACACUUUAACAGCAUUACGGUUUUACCACCGUACUCAUUUUUAUACAAAGAACCUGCACAGUUAAUGCGUUUGCAGUAACACACACGAACAAUUCAAUCAGGAAUGUUCUAUUGCAGCUGUAACAGGAUAUUCUCUAAUGGGUACAAUGUCUAUACACAGUGUUCCAUCUACACGACGGGCUCUAUGACACUACAGACUGUGUGCGGCUUUGCGUUAAAAUGACAAACUAAGCGUCGGGUCUGUAAUAUAGGUCAUGAACUCUUGUGCAACUGAAAUACGGUCAGUGCUGAUUUGUUCCGCCUGUGAAAUGGAAUCUCAAGCUUUUUGCUUGGAUGUUUCUGUCAAUUAUUAUUUCAUGAGUGUGUCUUCAAAGGGAGGAAAGGGUAAUAAAGGGUUUUUAAACGAC